AUCUAACAUAUUGUUGCUUACUUUCUAUGUAAAAUCAGGUCAGAAACCACAAGACAAACAAACAAUGGUGUUUACAAAUCUUCCACGAGAUUUAGAAUCGGAAAUACUCUCAAGAGUUCCUGCCAGAUCUCUACAAAAGUUGAAACCUACUUGCAAACGGUGGUACACUUUAUUCAAAGAUCCGGAAUUCCUCAAGAAGCACGUGGGUAGAGCGGAAAGGGAGGUGCUCUCACUGAUAGGUUUCAGGGUUUAUUCAGUUAGUGUCAAUCUCUCUGGAAUCCACAGCAGCGUUGAUCCACCCAUUGAAAUGACAGGCAUGUUUAACAGUCUCAAGGAUUCUGCAAAUGUCAAAAUAUUGGAAAUCUGUGAGUGCAACGGUUUAUUAUUGUGCACCACCAAUGACAGUAGACUUGUGGUUUGGAACCCUUAUACUGGUGAAACCAGGUGGAUCCCAUACAAAUCCAGCACACGUUUUGCAAUGUACCAUAAGUUUGUUUUAGGAUACGACAACAGCAAAUCUUGCUAUGGCUACAAAAUCUUGAGGUGUUACCACUUCUACAUUGACUUUGGUUUUGAGUAUGAAAUCUAUGAUUUUAACUCUGAUUCAUGGAGGCGUUUUUAUGACAACUCUCCUAAUUGUUCCUUUAUAUCUAAGGGCGUGACAUUGAAGGGAAAUAUUUACUGGUUUGCUUCAGAUACUAAAGGCCGCCAAUUCAUACUCAGGUUUGAUUUCACAACAGAGAAAUUUGGACGUCUCUCUCUUCCUUAUCAGAGUGGUGGUUAUGUUGAUGAUGUUGUGGAGACUGGGGUUUUAUCGGCUGUUAGAGAAGAGAAACUUGCGUUGUUAUAUGAGAGGUUUGAUGAGCUUACUGAUACAUCAGUGAUGAAGAUAUGGGUGACCAAUACUAAAAUCGAUGAGGCCAAAGACUUGUCGUGGAGCGACUUCUUGGUAGUGGAUUCCUGUAAAUUUAUGGUACCAAGGAUGACGAAUGUGAUGAGUUUCUUGGUGGACGAGGAGAAAAAAAUGGUUGUGUUUUGUGAUACAGACAGUGAUCAAAACAUGACCAGAUUUUACAUUGUCGGAGAGGAUAUACACAAAGAAGUUUAUAAUGCUAUUACAGAGGGAUCGUUUUCCUAUUGGCCACGUCUCGUCAGUUAUGCACCAAGUCUGGUUCAAAUUCAGCAAGGUAAAGUGAAUCCUGGAGGCAAAAGAAAAAGGUGAUUAGUCAAUUUAACUAGAUCACUAGGGUUGUCCCUGUUUGGUUAAUAAACCGAGUAGCUGAACUUCCUUUGUUUAUCUCUUGAAUCCUCUUUUGCUUUUGAAACUAGGUUUUGGUGAUCUUACUCAAAAAUCCUUUGUUUAUGUGUGGUUUAGUCACUUUCACAUCAUAAGAUCAAUCCUGCUAUGGUUUUUUUUCAUAAAUAUGUGUGUGUAUGUAAAUACCAAAGCUGAAGAGACAAACGCAAAAGAGUAUAGAGAGAUAUAAUUAGGUUGGUGAAAAUAUCAUCACAAUGUAAAACCUUAAUUAGCUGGUAACUAAUUAACUACAACAGAAACAUUCUACAUUAUAUAUAAAUAUUUUACGGAUGUAAUCUUGUACUCGAAUCGAGAAAUUUAACUGCGCUGACGCAUUAGGAAUCCCCAACACCUCCAUAAAUAUUUUCUUUUGCAAAUUAGUUUCCAUUUAUUAAAAUUUAACAAGAAUUAGAAAAUAUAAACCUCAUAGGAAUUGGAAAGACUUGUUCAAGCUAGCGGAAGAUUCUUGCUCAUAUAUAUUAGUCAUCGCAAAUAAGUGUAUUGUUAACGACAUAACCUUAAGUUUUGGGCAAGCGUGAAAGGCUAAAACCCUCAUUGUCUAUGGAAUCCUUGUACUUGUCAAACCAGGUGGAUUAACCCUAGAAUGCGUUACGAGAUUGUAUAUGUAUGUUCUAGGAUACGAAAGCAAUAAAUUGUGCCAUAACUACAAAAUUUUGAGGCAGUUACAUAAUUAUUACUCGGAAAUCUAUAAGUUUAGCUCUGAUUCAUGGAGGCUUCUUGAUUCAUGGAAUGCUCAUUGGGGCAUAUUAUCUCGUGGCGGCGUGUCUUUCAAGGGAAAUACUUAAUUACUGGCUUGCUUUAUCUGAAAAUUCCACCACAAAAGGCAAUGACGUUUUACUACUAAGUUUUGACUUUACAACAGAAAGAUAUCAACGUCCGAGUCUUCCGUUUCAGAAUCAUCCCGGUGAUACUAUAGCUCUAUCAGUUGUUAGAGAAGAACAGCUUUCGGUGUUACAUUGGAGCUUUGAUACACUAGAGAUGGAGAUAUGGGUGAGUACUAAGAUCGAGACCACAGCUGUGUGGUGGAGCAGCUUCUUAAAACUUGGUAUAUACAACAUUCCGUAUUGUCUUUGGUCUUUACGUAAGUUUCUUCAUCAAAGAUGAGAAGAUAGUACUUGCUGUUUUUUGUGAUGACGACUUGAAUGUCACCAAAAACAUAGUAUACAUUAUUGGAAAACAAGAGUUUGAGUUCAGACAAAUAUCUCUUGGAGGAGCGGCAGACUUCUUAUGCUACUCAACUAUGUUCAAUUAUGUUCCUAUAGUUUGGUUCAGGAAGGUGUUGUAACAUCUGGUCGCAGAAGAAAAAGAAGAUAAGACAAAUUAUUUUCCUUACUGUAUUUCCUGUUUUUCCAAUUCUUUUUUAUUUAUUUAAACAUUUUACACUCUUUGAACAGGUGGAUGAAAUAUUUCACUUGAAAAGGGAUGUUAUUAUGUUCUAAGUAUAGUAUAGUUAUUAAUUUUACAUAAGUUGUUUUUCUUUUGUUUAUACGUUAAG